GCAGAAAAGAUGUUUCAGAUGUAAUAUAUAACCUGAAAUAUGUACGACCAAUUUUUUAAAGUUUAAAAUUUGUUUGAAGUUUAAUUGGAUUUCAGAUGUCUGUAGAUGAUUCAAUAAGCUUUUUGGUCUAAUUUUUGCAGUAAGAGAUAUUUCCCUUCAAACCAUUCAUGUUUACAUUACUGGUUGGUUUAAUACUAACACAUACCUAGUACACAAUUUGUAAGUAAUUUGAAUUUUGAGAACAGGAAUGCAGAACUGUUUCAGAUUCAGAUACAUCCCAAAAAAUGGAUCCCUACUUGGUAGAGUAUAUAAAAUGUACUCCGUUGUUAACAGUAGCUCUUGGGGCUUUAAUGCACUUGAACCAAGAAGGACCUUGAAUGUUUCAACUGAACUAGAGUUUCUAGAUGAUAAAAAAAAGGUUAAUUGGAAGUUGUUCAGAGAAAGUAUCAAUUCACUAGAUUUCAAAACUAUCAGCAACGAUGAUGGAAAAAUUCUACUUCGGUGUUGCGGAAGCUCUGCCAUCAAUUCUUCCCGUAAAUCACGCAAUGAACUCUGUCAAACAAUUUAUGACAAUAUUUUAGAACAGGACAAGGUGGAUUUGAAAGUAUAUUACUCAUACAUAAAGACAUGUACAGAAAAUGGUAUUUUAUUAAAUUGGAGAGAAUUUUUGUCGAACCUGAAACACAAACCUGAUGAAAAAAUUCAUAAACUUCUUCUAGAAAAUGUUUGCGACAGUGGUGCAAUUGAAGAAGCCUUUUCCAUUUUGGAAGAAAUUAAAUAUGAAGGCUAUUCUGUUGAUGACGAUGUAUUUGCCAGCUUGCUUCUAGGACACACACUGAAGGGAGGUUUGAAAGCAGCCGAGUCCGUUCUACUCACAAUGAGAACUGCUCAGAUUCCUGAAACAAACAACACGAAACUGGCUAUUUUGAAAGGACUUUUAAGGAGAAAAAAUCACGACGAUUUUAAGAAAUUCUUAAAUUAUUAUCCUUUGAAAUUGGACGAAAAACAGUUGUUGAAUAUUUUGCAAGAAUUAGGAUUAAAUGGAGAAAUAUCUUGGUUGCAAGAGAUGAAUACCCUAUAUGAUACAAUGUCUAGAGAAUUCACAAAACAUCUCAAAGAUGUUUGUAUUCAUCUUGUUCAUAAUCAUAAAGCAAAAAAUGCCAUGAAAAUUUACGAAAAUUUUGUAUCAGAUUCAAUGGAAGACAAUUAUGGAAUUUUUAUUCUUGAAGAGAUGCUGCUUUGUAAUAUUGAGGCGGAUGAAGUUAUAUCUUUAACAAAAUAUUUACGUGAUAAAGGAAUGAAUCAAUUUGCUUUUGAAAGAUUAACAGAAUUUGCUUUGAGGAAUAAGUAUGUAGAUGUGGCUUGGAGUUUGUUGAAAAAUAUAAACGAAUUGAGGCCACAUUUUUUUUGGCCACUUCUUGUGAUUGCUCAUCAAGUCAAAGGGGAAUGUGGUGUUUUAGAGGUUAUCCAAAAUAUGAUUAAAAUUAAUGUUAGACCAGAUUCUGAUACUUUGCAAUACUAUGUUUUGCCCUUCUGUAAUCUGGAUAAUGCUAAACAUCUGAUUCAAAAACUAGUAAAUUUGGGGUUUUCUGUCAAGCAGCUAUUAACUUCAGUUUUGUUGGUCUUAUUACAAUAUGGAAAAGUGAAAGAUGCUGCAAAUUUGUGUAAUUUUUACAAAGUGGACAUUGGAGGAGACAUACUUUUCAAACAAAUUCUGACUUCUUGGAGUGAAUUUAAAGAUGCUAGUUCAACUGUAACACUUCUACAAAAGUAUUGUGAAUCAUAUAAAGAGAGGAAUGAUCUGGUUGGAGACUUUCUUGUUAGUUCUUUGAAAUAUUGCGAGAAUACUGAAGAUUUUGAGGCCUACAAUAGAUUACUAGAGGUGUUGAAGGAGAAAAAACUGAAGAUCACCAUUACUUCGGCAGAUAUCCUACAUAAUGUAUUGAAAACAUGUGAAUCUGCAAUUUCUGAGGAUAUUCAGAGGGGUAUUGAUGAUAUCGUUGAUUUCAAAACAAAACCAGAAUCAAGCUAUAUACCUCAUCCACGGGAAAUGACCCUAGAAGAACUAGAAUGCCAUCUCUUGGAGUUACAAGAGAAAAACAUGGAAACUAGAGGUGUGUUGCGAAGGUUGAUCCAACUGCAUUCGAGAUUGGGCAAUGCUCAAAGAGCUGAACAACUGAGACAAAUAUUUUCAGAGGCAGGAUACAUUGAAACACUUGGUAUGAAAUCAUCUAUGAUGCAUAGCUACAUAAAUGGUGGACACCUAGAACCUGCAUUAGAUACGUUCAAGGAAAUCAACAAGUUGGAUCCCAACUUUAAUAUUGAUAGUUUCAAACUAUUAGAUUUGGCAACACUUUUAGUUAAGGCUAAUAGAUAUUCGGAGGCCACAGAAAUUGUGCAGCCAAAAAAUCAAAUCAAAGUACUGGGUGGACCUGCUAUACUAAGAAAUUGCUUGGAACUUCUGAAAGCCUACAAAGAUGAAAACGAACAAAACACUAUGUUUGAUUUGCUGGUUGAUGAAGGUUACUGCAAGGUUAAUAAUAUUAUUUUAGGACCCCUGGUACGGAUACAUUUGAUCAAUGGAAAUUUGGAAAAAGCAGCGGCUACCUACAUUUUUUUGUCAAGAAAACAUAAAUGUACCCCCUUACAACUAGAAGUGAUAAAGGAAAUAGGAAAAACGGAGAAUGAGACAUUACUUCAAAAAGUACUAGAUGCAACUGCUGCGGUUCAUGGAUAUGAUUCCACUCAAGCGGUGUUGAUUACUGCCUUUGCAGAAAAUGGACAGAAGAAAGCUUUGAACAAAGUUCUCACAGCUCAGAGAUGUUCUUUUCAAAAAGCUCUUGAAAAACGUUGUGAACGUUGGGUCCAGGAAAGGAAGCUGGAAGCUCUACUAACAUUGGCCAGUUGCACUGAAAGGUUGUCUAAAGAAGUAAUUGACAUCAACUUCAUUUUCAGAUGCAUUAUGAAAAUUCACAGUAUAAACAAUGACUGUGAAUCUGCUGUGAAGUUUUACGAAUAUUUGCUAAUGAGAGAGAUGCCCAUUCCCAGAGAAAUCCUAGAAUUGCUAAAUAAGUUGCUUAAAUAUAAUAAUUAUGAGCUACCAUUAUUUUCAAAUAAAUAGUGAAUAAAAAGUAGAUUUUACUGAA